AGUGGGGUGGCUUUUUAAUUUUAGGUUAAAUUGGGCAAAAAGUUCAAAGGAGAAGGAAACCAUCAGAGCCCACACCCCAUAACCUCCCCCCUCUCGUGGGGAGAAUCAAUUUCUAAACCCACUUCAACGUUCUUGAACUUGAAUCUAUCUCUCUGACUCUCUCUCCAGAUCCAGCUGGAGUUGUUCAGAGGGUAGAUUUACGUUAAAUCACAUUGUAACUUUCCCAAGAAUCAUGACCUCCGAAGUUUGACUUCAAUCAGAGGCUUGAAAAGUCAGUGGAUGAUUCAAAGUCAAACAAAUUUAGGGGCGUUCAAUACUUUGAAACUUCGCACCCAAAAUUAGGGUUUUCAGAUUUCUCGAUUCCUACAAAGAUUUCGUAUGGCCGUUGCCAAGAGCGACACCAGAAGAUAUAACGAAUCAUCUUUCAAAUUCCACAACUGUUUCAAAGUCGAUAGCUUGACAGAAACCAUACUAGAAACCGAUCAGAUCUCAAAUCUAAAAGAUCGAUAUGUUCUUGGAGACCAAUUGGGGUGGGGGCAAUUUGGUAUAAUCCGAGAAUGCUCCGAUAAAUUGACGGGAGAGGUAUUGGCCUGCAAAUCAAUAUCAAAAAACAGACUCGUGACUGAUGAAGAUGUAAGAAGCAUCAAACUUGAGAUUGAGAUAAUGACUAGGUUGUCUGGGCAUCCAAACGUGGUUGAUCUCAAAGCAGUUUAUGAAGAAGAAGGUUAUGUUCAUCUGGUUAUGGAGUUAUGUGCAGGUGGAGAGCUUUUUCAUCGGUUAGAAAAACAAGGGAGAUUUUCUGAAUCUGAGGCUCGGAUCUUAUUCAGGCAUUUAAUGCAAGUGGUGAGGUUUUGUCAUGAUAAAGGUAUUGUUCAUAGAGAUUUAAAACCCGAAAAUAUUUUAUUAGCCACAAAAGCAUCAUCUUCUCAGAUCAAGUUGGCUGAUUUUGGCCUCGCAACAUACAUUAAUCCAGGAGAAAGUUUGCAUGGGACGGUUGGGAGUCCGUUUUAUAUAGCACCGGAGGUAUUGGCGGGAGGUUACAACCAAGCUGCUGAUGUAUGGAGUGCAGGGGUAAUUCUGUACAUUCUUCUUAGUGGGAAGCCACCAUUUUGGGGGAAGACUAAAUCACGAAUAUUUGAUGCGGUCAGAGCUGCUGCUUUGAGAUUCCAGCCAGAUCCCUGGAAUGGAAUCUCUGAUUCCGCCAAAGAAUUGAUCAGAGGAAUGCUCCAUACCGAUCCUUCUGUGAGGCUCACCGCUCAACAAGUUCUUGAUCAUACAUGGACUAGUGGCAUUGGGCCAAUACCUAAAUCACCUCCAACUUGUGAACAACUUGAUUUAGCAGGAAGCCCGACAUCAUCUUUAUUCAUGGCCCGUAAUGAUGACAUCAGCUUUGGGCUUGGAUCUCCAAUCAUAUGUGAAACAUUCAGUUGCAAGUCAUCAUUUUCUUCAUUCCUUGUGGAGCCCAUGACACCUCUUGUGAACUCCUGCGGGUUUUCUUUCCGUAGCAGUGGUGGGUCCGGGUCCGGGUCCGGAUCAUCAAAUACCACCACCCUAGACUUCUGCACUCCGAUCCAUUCCAUGCCAAGUUUCUCCUUCUUUGGGCCGGGUCCGGAUACGGAUCAUGACCCGCCCGUGUCGGUGUGCUUGUUGGGUCUGGAUACGAGGGAAGUGAAAGAGCAGAGAUUGGGUGAGGUUAAAAGGGGAGGCGGGUCGAGGAUAUCGGGGAUUCAUAGUAAGAGGAACCGUACGAUCGGGUUGGGAGAAUUUGAGCCGUUGGAUCUUGUGGUUGCGGAGUCGGUUAUCCGGUGGGUGUCGUGCACGCAGCUAUCAGCGUCCCUUAGGUCUGAUUUUGUUUGUUGAAGUCGAAGUUGGAAGUUGGAUUUUGACUUUUAUUCUCUUGAGUCUUGAGUUUGAUGAUAUAAAAUGUUAGUUGACUUGUUACUAUUUAUAGUGGAGAUGUACAAAAAGGAUUGGGCUUUUGAUAUUGUUAAGGCCGGUCCGGUCCUGCUAUGUGAUAUCCGGCUGGGCUAAACCGGUCUAGGCCAGUGUUCUAAUA